AUGGGCGACAAAAACGAUACCUUUGUACCAAACUACGACAACUGCAAAGAAGUCUCGGAUAAAUGUCCCGUCGAAUUUACCAUUUAUGGUGAUUACCUCUCUGGGGGUGCCGCAGGUUUCUUCGCCGUCGCAUUCGUACUUUUACUAUUUGCACAGAUCUUCCAGGGCAUACGAGCAAAGACAUGGUCGUACAUGAUCUGGCUAGGCAUAGGAACCAUCUUCGAAGUCGUCGGCCACAUCGCACGCUUCAGUCUGUCUCGGAACCCAUGGCAGCAAAAUGUAUUCAUCAUCUCUUACCUAACGCUUCUCCUUGCCCCGACGCUCAUCGCUGCUGCUAUAUCCGUCACCUUCAAGCACAUCGUCAUGUGGUACGGCGCCAAAUGGUCGGUCAUCAAGCCUAGGUUAUACCCUCUCGUCUUUGUCGGCACGGACUUUCUUUCGAUUUUCAUACAGGUCAUCGGCGGUGGUUUGACGGCUUUGGAGACGGUGGGUAAGGGGACCAAGACGACCAAGAAGCUGGGAGAGAUUCUUGUUACGGGAGGAGUUGCGUUCCAGGUCGCCAACAUGAUGUGCUGUGGAACUCUGAUGUUGAUCUACAUUCAACGUCGGAACACGUCGUUGAAGGGUAGAGAUCUCUUGAUGGGUGCUACUACUGCUCCUCCCAUGUACUCAGCCGGAGGUCCAACGCGUGAAAAGGUCCCUGUUGCUCGAGAGGAGGCUACUAUCAAAGAAGCCAAAAUGGUGCGAUGGUUCUGUUACUGUCUGGGUAUCGCAUAUGUCUGCAUUAUCCUCCGAUGUGUCUACCGUAUCGCAGAGACAAUCCCGGCCAUCGCAAAAGAUGUCCUACGAAACGAACCUCUAUUCAUCGUGUUCGACGCGACAGCGAUGCUUAUUUCCAUCGGAGUCGUCACCAUUCUACAUCCAUGUUACUUCUUUCCUUACCUUGGUUUGAGCAAGAGUAAGAAGAGUCAGGGAAAGGUGUACGAGGGUAUUCGAAUGGAGAGUAACUCUGCUUUGAUCGGACGACAACAACACCAGCCCCAGCAACGAGGAUAUGCCUAAGAGAGACAUACAUGGGGUGGAGAGAUGAAGCAUGUACUUGUCAAGCUUUAGCGAGCGAUGAUCUUUGAUGGUUCUUUAUCAUUUUUGUUAGUUUACUUCGGUUCAAUGCCGUGUACAAUAGAUUGGUGUCAU